GGCCAUGGAGGAGGCGCCCGAGGGGCGGGGCUUCCUCGUCGCCCUCGGAUUGGGGGUUAGCAGGGGGUGGGCGGGGUCGGGGCGGGGCCUCCGACAACAACACUGGGAACCCAGACCCUGGCUAUUUGUUGCUGCGCCGCCUCCGCCCGAGUCAUGUUCUACGCUCCCCCGUGGCUCGCAGCAGCAACCGCCGCCGCUCGGUGAUCACAGGCUUCACUUCCUCCUCUUCCUGCCGAGCCUCCGGACUCCUAGCACUAUGACUGUCGUCUCUGUCCCGCAGCGGGAGCCGCUCGUCUUGGGCGGCCGUCUUGGGCCGCUUGGCUUCUCUGCCCGCGCUUACUUCGGGGCCCUCCCGAUGGUGACCUCGGCCCCGCCGCCUGUGCCCCGGAUCCCAGACCCUCGGGCGCUGCCCCCGACUCUCUUCCUCCCUCACUUCCUGGGGGGAGACGGGCCCUGCCUGGCCCCACAGCCCCGCGCCCCAGCAGCAGCUCUGCCCCACUGCAGCCCGGCCGUGGCGGGAGGCGCCCCGCGGGCGGCUCCGAAGAAGCGGCGGAAGAAGAAGGUGCGAGCCAGCCCGGCGGGGCAGCUGCCCAGUCGCUUCCAGCGUCUUAAAAUCAAAGAUGGGAAAAUCGGAGAAAAUUGCCCUUCCCCACGGCCAACUUGUUCAUGGUAUACACUUGUGUGAACAACCAAAGACAAACAGACAGAAAAGCAAAUAUAACUUGCCACUAACCAAGAUCACCUCUACAAAAAGGAAUGAAAAUAACUUUUGGCAGGAUUCUGUUUCGCCUGAUGGAAUUCAGAAGCAGGAAAAAAAGCCUUUUAAAAAUACUGAAAACAUUAAAAAUAUGCAUUUGAAGAAAUCAGCAUUUCUUACUGAAGUGAGCCAAAAGGAAAAUUACGCUGGGGCAAAGUUCAGUGAUCCGCCUUCUCCCAGUGUUCUUCCAAAGCCGCCUAGUCACUGGAUGGGAAGCACUAUUGAAAAUUCCAUUCAGAAUAGGGAGCUGAUGGCAGUACACUUAAAAACGCUCCUGAAAGUUCAAACUUAGAUUUUAGUAUGUAUGUAAAACAUAGUUUUUCCCAAAUCCCUGGACUCUUUAAAAGAAAAUUGGUACGAAAGUGGAAAUUUGUACCAUUCAAGUGCAAAAGAUGAGUUUAGAGUUACAUACAGCUUGUAUUUUAUAUUUUGUAAAUACUGUAUACCAUGUAUUAUGUGUAUAUUGUUCAUAUUUGAGAGGUACAUUAUAGUUUUGUUAUGAAAGUAUGUAUUUUGCCCUGCCAGUGUGGUAGGUGUUUUGUAUAUAUAGUGGACAAAUUUUAACUGUGCUAAGGCACAUGGAAGACUGAUUUAUUUGCACAAGGUACUAAGAGAUUUUUUUCAAGAAACAGCUGUUAAAUCUCAAAGUGAAGAUCUAAAUGUGAAUGGUUUAUUAAUGCACUACUGAAGUUUAAAUCUGUGGCACAAUCAUUGUAAACAUGGGGUUUGUCUGUGUUUCUCUAAUUGAUUUCUGCCUUCUAAUCUGUAAUUGUUGGAAAAUUCCUGUUCUCAUUUUUACCAAACUUAAUUUGUGGGUUUUGGUAUAUAGCCAUUAUUCAAAUUCAAAAUGUCUCUAAUUUUAAUGCCAACAGAAUUGGUUGUAAUCAAAUUUUAAAGUAAUAAUAAUUUGACCCUCCCCCCUUUUAAA